AUGCGAGUUCGACAAACAUCGUGCGUUGGUCGACUAGUUCGACAACCUGUCACCUGUCGCUCUGGCAUGAAUUUACAUGAACAUCAUCAUGGAAAACAUGUCAAAAGCUCAAGUAAAAUUGAAUUUUUCUUGUUAUCAAAUUUUCGCAGGAUUGAUAAUACCGAUCAUAUUAUUGAUGUCAACAAAGGGAAUGUACAGUUUGAAUAUGACCAGGUCAACAUAAUAUGUCCGACGUAUAUGCCGGGUGCAUAUGACGGUGAUCCCGAGAAGUAUAUCAUAUACAAUGUAUCUAAAGAAGAAUAUGAAACAUGUCGAAUAACAGACUUAAAUCCUCGGAUCAUCGCAAUAUGUGACAAACCAUUUAAAACCAUGUACUUCACAAUCACCUUUCGACCAUUUACCCCACAACCUGGUGGCCUAGAAUUCUUACCUGGAAAUGAUUAUUAUUUCAUUUCAACAUCAUCAAAAGGUGACUUACAUCGUCGAAUCGGAGGCCGAUGCUCAACCCACAACAUGAAAGUCGUUUUCAAAGUAUGCUGUGCACCGGAAGUAACAUCGGAAAAGCCAAGCACAGCUGUAUCAGAUGCUCGAGUACCAACAGUUGGAACGGCGUUGACAAAGAUCGCAUGGCCCGAAUGGCAAACACCAGGACCCACAUCACCAGCUCAUACCUACACAGCACCCACAACACCCAAAUCAACACAAUCACGACCUUCACGAAAACAGCUUAACAAGAAAACAAAUGAACAUAAUAAGCAUGAGAAUGAAGUCGUUAAAAACGAGGAACUCACUUACAACAGAGGAUCAUCGAGCAUGAAACAAAAAUCAGUCAGUCUAAUCCUUCCCUUCUACAUUACAAUGUCCAUAUUUUAUGUUGUACGAGAGCGUUUCCGAUGAACAUCAAUCGCCAGUAUAAACUAAUGCUUCAACUUUUUCCCACAUACUAGUCCCAAUCACAAAAAAACGGACUAGUCCCUUAAUUUGUAAUAUU